UGACAGCUGUUAACAUGGAGCUCUAUGUUGCACGAUUGGAGGCAGGAGGAGAGAGAUCACAGGGAGUAAAAGCUUGUUUGAAAAGGUACCGGAAGAAGAUCUCAAAUAUUAUAGACGCCCCCUCUAUUCUCAUUUUCGUUGCGUGUCUGGCCAUAUUGGACGCUUCAUUCGUCGUAUCCCAGCUGAUCAUUGAUGUGGUCAUUGUCAGGCAACUUCUUGAAAAGCACGUUGCGUCUACAAAGACUUUAUCAGUUGUUCUCAAGGACACAUACCCCGUUGAUUUCAGUUGUUAUGAUGAGGACCAUUACGACACCGGAAGUCUAGAAGAUCUAAUUUCUUUUCUCGAUCAUGGGAACGGUUACCAUGGAGGCGGUAGUUACCAUGGAGACAGCACAAAUAAAAUGGAUAUUACCCAUAGGAAGAAGCGACAUUUACAGAGCAAAAGUAAACAAAGGCAGGAUAACAUGAUGCUGUUGUCCCCCGCAUUACGUACUACAAUGCAAAGCCUUCCUUUAAGUCAACUAGAAGAAUUCUGCUCGAAUUAUGGGGAUAUGUCGAACCCCAACCCUUUGAAUUCCAAACUUGGAAGAUUUCAAAGUAAGCGUAUUAAAAAACGAGCAUCCAGUUCAGAAAAUACUCAUGACAGAAAUGAAUCUCUAUUGAGUGGUGGCAAGUGCCCAAAUAUAACUGAACACCAUGGAGAGCAUGAACACGAUCUGGCUCACACUUUGGCGCACGCUUGCCAUAUAGGAAGUAUAGUUAUUCUCACAAUGAUGGUGUGCGAGAAGCUGCUUCGUAUACAAGCUUACGGCAAGAAGAUUUUUAAAAGUAAAUUCCAGAUGUUUGAUGGUUUUGUUGUGAUCCUGUCCUGGAUCCUUGAUCUUGCGCUAAUUGAUGGGAUUUGGGCGCAGUCGGAAGUGGAUGCUGCGCUACUGCUUAUUAUUCUCCUUCCAUGGCGGAUCAUUCGUAUAAUCAACUGUUUUGUAAUGACGUUCAGGGAGAGGUAUAGGAUACAAAUUCGAUUAAUCGAAGAGAAAAUGAAGGCGAGUGAAAGAAAGGCAAAAGAAGUAUCUAAUAAGAUGAUCUGCGCAAAGAGAGAGAUAACACAUCUAAGAGAUUUGGCUUCAAAACAUGGCGCCACCGAGAAAGCCAUUGAAUUGUGCACUAAGAAUUCCAAAGAUUCACUCAGUCGUAAAACUGGAAUGUACCUUCAUAGCAUGUCGAUGAUUACCAAUAUUCUCCAAACAACGUUCUCUCACCAUACAGAUGAAACAGAAGAUGAACAUAGUGACUCGAAACCAUCAGAAGGUACGCCUACGGAGUCUAUUAUACAACCUGAAAAGCAUCGGGAAAAAAUCCAAAAUGGAUUCAAGGAGAUAUGCAGUAUUGGGGUAGAGACUUCAGUUGUACAUGUUAAUGAAACAAGUGCACAUCCUGACGAAACAAUAGUGCAACCUGAUAAAACAAUGGUACAACCUUCUGAAACAAUGGUACAGCCUGACAAAACAAUGGUACAACCUGAUAAAACAAUUGAAGGACCUUCUGGAACAAUUGAACAACCUUCUGAAAUAAUGGAACAAACUGUUGAAACAAGCGUAGAACCUACAAAAACAAGGGUUCAACCUGUAAAGACAAUUGAACAACCUACAGAAACAACGUUUGAACCUGUAGAAACGGCGGCUCAACCUUUACAAACAAUGGUCCAACCCCUUUACGCAAUGAAAGAACCUAUAAAAACAAACGUAAAACCUAACGAAACAGCGAUACUGCCUGUAGAAACAAUGGUUCAACCUGUAGAAAAAACGGUUCAACAUGAAGACACAAUGGUAAGACCUUUAGAAACAAAAGUAAAACCUAAAGAAACAGCUAUGCAGGCUGCAGAAACAAUGGCUCAAAUUGAACCAAUAGAAACAAUGAUAAAGCCCGUGGAAUCAAUGGCACAACCUUUAGAAACUAUGACACAAUCUACAAAAACAACAGUAAAACCUGUAGAAACAAUGGGCCAACCUGUAAAAACAAUUGAACAGCCUUUACAAUCAACGGCACAACCUACAAAAGCAAUGGCAAAAACUGCAGAAACAACAGUGCAUUCUGGAAAUAUAUAGAAAAAUGUGUACACCCUGUAGAAACAGCGGCUCGAUCUAGACAAGUGCAAGCACUACUACUAAGGGUGCAGAUAUACCCCCACAAAAGGUUUAAUCGGGCGAAAUAAGUAGGGAUAAUCUUGGGAUUAAAUCACCGGGUCGUGUAGAAAAUCACCCGGGCGUGUAGGUAAAACCUUAAGCCUCUUCCCAGGAGAUUUCGGGCCCAUAUUUUAGGGUCCCGGGGUAGAGUUUUGGCAGUUUCCAGUGGCGGAUCCAUGAACCAACAAGGGGGGGGGGCGCAAAUUUGCGGUCAGAGGAAAAAACGUCCGAAGAUUUUGGGCCCCUAAAACCGAAAAGUGGGCCCAAAUUUCGACAAUUUAGGGGGGGGGGCGGAUCCGCCACUGGUUUCUCUAGGGAGGGGCGGGGGUGGUGACCGACAUUAGGGUGGUAUUCGACCGUGACCCGGGUAACCUCUUCCCGUUAGAGCGGGGAGAGGAGUCUGCGUCCCGAGUCUACUCCAUAUAAACCAUAUAUACAUAAUCGUCGAAUAAUUCACAAACAAACAACACUUCUGAAUUAGUCUCGUGUUAAACAUUAUAUUUACAAACUUCGAAUUAUACAGUAUAGAUACACUUUCAUUAUGGGUCUAACAUUAUUUUUUACGUACAUCCGACGCGAUUAUACGAUUUUAUUUUUUCAACUAUAUCCAACCUAGCGGGCGGGCGGCAACACAGUGAAAUAUAUUCGGAAAAAGUCUUAUUUUUUUACAAAAUAAAAUCAAGUCGUUAUUUACAGUUUUUUUAGUCGCCCUUAUGUUUACUGUUUACAUACAUUGUGUUUAACUCUUUAUACAGUGUUUAGUCAAACAUUUUUGUCCCCUCUUAGAUUGCGGACAACAUUUGGGCAAAGAAUCCACGUAUCUCCUCACUAGCUGGUCAUUCAUUUGCGUGUUUAACGAAAAGUCCGAUAAUAAUAUAUAAUUAUCUAAUUUGUCAAGUCAGAGAGCGUUUUUGAAAUGUUUAGACCAUUGUCCUCGAAAUAUCCCCAAAUUAGGUUUAUUUGGAUAGGGAGAGUCACCUCCCAAGGAUAAAAAUCGGUCGUGUAAAUAAUUGCUGGAAUUACACCACAAAAUCCGCUAAUACGUUUUAGUGGAAGGCGCUUUACAAAAUCGCCAUUCUGAUUACACCAACAUUUCUAAAGCGUCUUAGGAAUUAUAUUUUGGAAUUACACCUGUUUUUUCUAAAACGCCUUUCGUGCACUUUUAACGAUGUAGUUAUGGAUAAUAUCCAGCAUACAUGUAUGUGUACAUCUCCUGUAAAUGUAUUCUUUUAAUCUAAGACAAAACUGAUCUUCCUAUUUGAUUAAAAAUGCAUGACAUUGCAUAAUUUUUAUUUAUCUUUUAUUAAUUAUGAAAAAACAUAAUAAAAAGGUAAAAGAAAAAUAUGAACAUAUUCUCUGAAGAUAACACUUGAUUUCGAUGUGACCUGGCGACUAUCAUCCAUUUUUCAAUUUAGAUAUAGCCAGAUAGUAGC